AUGAUCUUAUCACAGAGCGAGGUAUUCUCAAGUCUAAAGACGAAAUUUGCCCAACUGGAAACCGAAGUUGUGGAGGAGAAGGUACUACUAGCAGCCCUAUCUCCCCAAACUGAAGCCAGGUACAACAUCCAGCGCACAACUUUGGAACUAUCUGGCAGUCGUAGCACAGUGAAAACCACCAGCUCACAAGAGCAAGAACCUGUAAGUUUACUGGCCGAAGCCUAA